ACCCUGUUGCAGCGUGGCCGGCGAGGUUUAGCGGGCCCGAUUCAGGCCAGGGGUGGCCUUGUUUGCCCUGCUACUGCGUCCGGUCAGCGACCGCGACGGUGCCGGAGGCAGGGGUCUUCCACACAAUGGCGGUGGAGGUGGUUCCCUUCCGUGUGGCUACUGUGCUGCUGCUCCCGUCGCCAAGCCCUCCUCUCUUCGACCUCUUGGCCUCGUGGUGGUGAUCUUAGUGAGGCAGUGUGGGUGGCGUCGCGACCGCAGUGGCGCAUGCUAGUGGGCGAUGGGUUGGCUGGUUGGCUCCGGUCCGGUUGGGCGGCGGGGUUUGGAGUGCGGGAGAAAUCCUUACUGGUUCUUCCGGCUCCGAUGCGAUGACGUCUGCGGGUGCCACCAUUCCUUCCUGAAGGGUGUCGGUGGUCUCCAUCCCCCACUCUCCUCCGCGUACCGGGGGAAACCGUAGGACAUGUCCGGGCAGCAGCGUCAUCGCAUUCCUUGUUGGAGGUGCUGCUUGGUACGCGGAGGAUCGGAGCCUUGAAUCGUGGUGGGUCGAUUCCGGAGGGCGCAGCGGUUUCGGUUCAUCCGCGCUUUGUCGAGCUGCCGGUGUUGGCAUUGUUUCUUUCUCUUUUGUUUCUUUUGGCUUGUUGUGCUGCUCGCCUCAACGUUUGUUGUGUAAUCGGUGUUGGUUGUCUUGUAAUACAAAGUGGGGGAAAUCCUUUUUCGGUAAAGUUAGGAUCUUUCUUUGGUUGUUCUUGGUAGGUUGUUGGCGACUAAGAUCAAUUGCCUUCAGAUGUUGUUAUUUCCAGGGAAGGCACAUGGAAGAUUUUGGGUGGGAGGGAAUAAUCUUGUCCUUCAGAAGGUGGAAUGGAUUUUAUGAUUGGUAUGACUGUUCUUAAGCACUGGGCCUCUUAAGACACUCCCAACCCUUUUGACUUCAGAAUAACAACAUAUAGGAGUAAGGAUCGGGUCUGAUGCUCGUAAUGGCCCUGGCCCAUGUCAAGCACAAGAUGUCACCCAUACCCGUUGCUAGAGGGCAUGCCCACAACAGAAGCAUGGUAAGUUGGUAACACUUCGCACGACACCUUAGCAACAAAAGGAACAACUGCAAUUUCCAUUCCAAUCAAGCAAAAUUGAGAAAAAUCCCAGCGCUAAUCAAGAUUCAAGAAUAGCCGCAUGCCCACGUAGUCAAACUUUAAAGAGAUAAACUGACAUACAAGUAUAAAUAUAUAAUGCAAAAAAAAAAAUGGGAAUUGUUCCUGGGGGCCAAAUGGCCCCGCCAAUUUAGGGGAGCUAACUGGUCACCCAUACCUAUUUAUCCGUGCAUAAGAUGGCACAAACAUGGGUUAAUGGACCAGAUUUCCAUCCAAUUAGUGUGCCUGAAUGCCGGGAAUAGUCUGCUGAAGUUGUCAUGGUGGUUCACCGAAACCUUGUUCACUCACUCGCUGGGGAUGGUGAUUGGUGCAGCGACAGUCCUCACAAACACAGAGAACCUUGCUGUCGGGUGCCAAAUGACACCACGUUGUUAAAAAAACUGUAACCACCUGACCGACACAUUCAUCCCCACCAUAAAGCUCCAGAUCGGUGUUGUCAUGUGUGGCGGUGCCUUCCUCGUUCACUGGUUCCCUUCUUCUCCUCUCAGAUGGAACGAACAUAACAUAUUUCCUUAUGUGAGUGUCGAAGUUGGCUCACAAACUGUAAAUUCUCGGUCAACUGUCACUAGCCCUUAAAUCAAAAUUCUAAUUAUUAUCUUGCAAUUGUACAAAUCAUACUGAGUUUUUUCGAAGUCAUGUCGUACGCCACGCCGUGGUUUGACCAGCUGAGUUCACACCGAAACAGCUGAAAUGUCAACUCCAAGACACUCUCAACUCGAACCAUAAUUCAAAGCUUUGCAUUUUUCAGUCACCCCUUUCAUUAUCAACCUGACGUGAGUGCUGGAUCCGGUCACCAAAUUGUCAAGAAAUUAACACUAAUCCUUUGUUGCUUGUAAAGACCAAGCAUAUAUUGAUCCAGACUUUGCACCUUAACUAACAGCAUGUUAGCAUCAGCAACAGAAGUCCUGAACAAGGUACAUUAGUACAUUCGUUGCCAGAGCACGUAUGUACUGCAGAAUAUUUCAGCCUGAUCGAUCAUGGAUGGGCCGGCUCUCAGCUGCUACACUGCGGCCCUGAUCAUUCUCUUCCUGCCGUUGCGGGCGUCGGAGGACCGGCUACUCGCUGGCGAGAGGCUCUCCCCCGGCACCACCAUCGUCUCCGACAACGGUGCCUUUGCCUUGGGCUUCUUCAACCCCUCCAAUUCAACUCCGGCUAGCCUUUACCUGGGCGUAUGGUACAACGGCAUACCAGAGCUCACUGUUGUGUGGGUCGCCAACAGGGAGGCGCCGGUGAUCAACGGCAAUUCCUCUGUGCCGACGCUCUCCCUCACCAACACCUCCAACCUCGUUCUCUCCGACGGUAGCAGCGGCCUUGUCGUUUGGACGAGUGAUGUAGCCGCUGCUCCGAGCUCCGUUGCAGCAGUGGCGGUGCUUGAGAACACAGGCAAUCUCGUCGUCCGGUCGCCGAAUGGAACCACGUUGUGGCAGAGCUUUGAACACGUCACGGACACUUUCCUCCCCGAAAUGAAGAUCCGGAUCAGGUAUGCCACGCGCGGCACCGGUAUCCGCUUGGUGUCCUGGAAGGGGCCCAGCGACCCAUCGCCCGGGCGAUUUUCCUACGGAGGAGACCCGGACACGCUCCUCCAGAUAUUCCUCUGGGAUGGGGAACUCCCGCUGGUCCGGAGUGGCCCAUGGACGGGGUACCUAGUGAAAGGCGAGCACCAAUACCAGCAGGCUAAUGGCAGCGGGUCCAUCAUCAUCUACCUAGCCAUUGUCGACAAUGACGAGGAGAUCUACAUGACCUACACCGUCUCUGCGGGCGCUCCACUCACCAGGUAUGUGGUGACCUACUUCGGAGAUUACGAACUCCAGAGUUGGAACAGCAACUCUUCGACAUGGUCUAUCCUCUUCAAGUUGCCACCCUAUGAAUGCAACCGAUAUGGUUCCUGUGGUCCGUUUGGCUAUUGCGACGAGACGGUGAGGCCCGUACCCAUGUGCAAGUGCCUCGACGGCUUCGAACCAACAAGCGCAAAUGAGUGGAGGUUCGGUAGGUACUCGGCAGGGUGUCGACGAAAGGAGGCAUUGCACGGAUGCGGUGACGGCUUCUUGGCCUUGACGGAGAUGAGGGUGCCAGACAAGUUCACGUUUGCUGGUGGGAACAAGAGCAAAAUGGAGGAGUGUGCGGCGGAGUGCAGCAACAAUUGCUCCUGUGUGGCGUACGCAUUCACCAACCUAAGCAGUGGCAGGUCUGGAGGAGAUGUGACAAAGUGCUUAGUAUGGGCGGGGGAGUUGAUUGACACUGGGAAGUUGGGCCAAGGGAUUGGCAGCACCACGCUAUAUCUCAGGCUUGCAGGCUUAGAUGUAGCAGCUGGUAAAAGUAGAAAGAGUACUGCAACGAUGAUUAUACUGGCAAUUUUUGGAACUGGAGUUGUGGCAUUCCUAUGCAUUUUCGUGGCAUGGCUAAAAUUCAAAGGCAAGAAAAAAUGGAGAAAACACAAGAAGGCAACAUUUGAUGGUAUGAAUACCUCUUAUGAACUUGGGGAAGGAAACCCUCCACAUGCCCAUGAAUUUCCAUUUGUAAGUUUUGAGGAAAUUUCUCUAGCAACGAACAAUUUCUCUGAGACAUGUAAGAUUGGACAGGGGGGAUUUGGAAAAGUCUACAAGGGAUUAUUAGGUGGCCAAGAAGUUGCUAUCAAGAGGCUAAGUAGUGACUCGCAGCAAGGAACAAAGGAAUUCCGGAAUGAAGUAAUUCUAAUUGCCAAAUUACAACACAGAAACUUGGUUCGGCUUCUUGGAUGUUGUGGGGAGGGAGAUGAAAAGUUGUUGAUCUAUGAGUAUCUUCCGAACAAAAGCUUAGAUGCAACCCUUUUUGAUGAUUCACGAAGAUUGAUGUUGGAUUGGACAACACGGUUUAAUAUAAUCAAAGGGGUUGCAAGGGGACUUCUGUACCUCCACCAAGAUUCAAGACUAACUAUAAUUCAUAGGGAUCUCAAAGCUGGAAAUGUUUUGCUAGAUGUGGAGAUGAAACCCAAGAUAGCAGACUUCGGUAUGGCGAGGAUCUUUGGUGAUAACCAACAAAAUGCCAACACCCAACGUGUUGUGGGAACAUAUGGAUACAUGGCCCCAGAGUAUGCAAUGGAAGGUGUCUUCUCUACCAAGUCCGACGUCUACAGCUUUGGUGUGCUAGUACUUGAGGUCGUGACUGGUAUAAAAAGAAGCUCCAAUAGUCAGAUCAUGGGCUUCCCCAGCCUCAUUGUGUAUUCAUGGAAUAUGUGGAAGGAAGGAAAGACAGAGGAAUUGGUGGACUCAUAUACCACGGAUACUUGUUCACUGGAUGAAAUUUUGAUUUGCAUCCAUGUAGCACUCCUGUGUGUCCAGGACAAUCCAGAUGACAGGCCACUCAUGUCAUCCGUUGUGUUCAUCCUAGAAAACGGAAGCACCACACUUCCACCCCCCACUUGCCCUGCCUACUUUACACGACGAAGUGCAGAAAUGGAGCAAAUGAGAGAUGAUAUCCAGAACUCCAGGACCAGUUUUACUCUCACCGAGAUUGAUGGGAGAUGAAAUAACUAUAAUUUUGUUUAGACAUAUCGCAGAACCAUUCCUAUUGAAACAUCUUCCAAUUGUAUUCCUAAUGGUGACCCUUCAGUUGUUUGGAAGUCAUCGUCUUCCAAUUCUUGUAUUCCAUUUUGCUGACCUUGUUGAUGUGGAAAGAAAAUAAAAAUACUAACACAUAAU